GCCCUACCGCCAUCUGCACAUAAAAAAAGAAGAUCUAGUGCACUGGCCACUGAACAAACGUCUGUUCAUUCUGAUUUCUCAACGAACUUCCUUUCACUAAAUUUAAACAGAAGUUUUAAAAAUAAAACAGUUGAAUUUAGAAUAGAGCUGAAUUAAUGAAACCAUGGCGGAUUCGGUGCAUGGUCCAACAAGCUUCUCCACUCAAGCCAAUGCUCUCCUCAGAAAGAAUUUUACUUUUCAGAAGCGAGAUAUCAAGUCUAAUAUUCGCCUCAUUUCGGUUCCUAUAAUACUUUGUUUAUUACUAGUUUUCCUUCAAAAUUGGGUAAAUAAGGAGUUGGAUAAACCAUGGAACCGAUGUGGCUGUAAAUGUAUUGACGAAAAUGGUGAAGGCAAAUGUGAAGAAGUAUGUGGUAUCGAAUACUCAGAUUUGAACCAAGCCAUCAGCUGUUCAAUUCCUAGGCCACUGGAGUGGCCACCCUUGUUACAGAUACCAGAAUCAACGUAUCGUGCUGUACAAACUGAUUUUAUAUCAUAUGGGGACUUGCCUGAUGAUUCGUGCAAGAUAUCGGGUUCCUGUCCAGCUACUAUACUUCUAACUGGAACUAAUCAGACUCUUGGAGAAAGUAUGGGUACAAAUUUGUUCAGCAGUGGAUCAACUCUGGAUUACUCUGACAUUUUCUAUAGCUUAGCCUAUAAUGUAUUGGGCUCUGAGUCACAGUCUAAGUAUAUGAAUUUUCUUGAGGCAGCUUUCUUCUCUAACCAGACAGUCUACAAUGUUCGGUCACAGUGUUCUCCUGACUUCACAUUUUCUCUUCCACUAGAUUUUGGUUCUGUCGCUGUUCAGCAAGAGAUAAGUUGUGUAAAAGGUUUACACUUGUGGCGUAAUAGUUCUCAUGAGAUCAAUGAUGAACUGCAUAAGGGUUACAUGAACGGGAAUCCAGAGAGAAAGAUAAAUGAGAUAAUAGCAGCAUAUGAUUUCCUUAACUCAAAUAGGAAUGGUUUCAAUGUGAGUAUUUGGUAUAACUCUUCGUAUAAGAAUGGCAAAAGCAAUCAACCUUUGGCUUUGACAAGGGUUCCUCGUUCAGUGAAUUUGGCAUCAAAUGCCUACAUUCUGGAUUUGCUUGGACCUUCUGCAAGAAUAUUGUUUGAGUUUGUCAAAGAAAUGCCCAAACCAGAAACAAAACUCAAUCUGGACUUCGCUUCUCUCCUUGGACCACUAUUCUUUACAUGGGUGGUUUCACAACUUUUUCCUGUUGUUUUGAUAGCUCUAGUUUAUGAGAAGCAGCAAAAACUGAGGAUCAUGAUGAAAAUGCAUGGACUUGGGGAUGGUCCCUAUUGGCUGAUUUCUUAUGCUUAUUUUCUAUUCGUAGCUUCUAUAUACAUGUUAUGUUUUGUGAUUUUCGGCUCAUUAGUAGGCUUGAAGUUCUUUUUGCUUAAUGAUUACGCCAUCCAGUUCGUGUUUUACUUCAUCUAUAUAAACUUGCAAGAGUCCCUUGCUUUUUUAGUUGCUGCAUUUUUCUCUAAUGUCCAGGCAGCCACAGGUUUACUAUCUGUAAUAGAAGUUGUUGUUAAUAUUGCAACGAUUGCGCAUAUGAAAAAGAAUGUUUAUGAGAAUGAUGAUGAACCAAUUUUUCUUAUUAACUUUCAGCAACUAAUAUUAUAUGACAGAUUCUGCUUACUUGACAUUGUAACAGUCAUUGGCUAUGUAAUGGUGUUUGCAAAUGGACUCUUGUCAUCAUUCCUUUUCCAGUUCUUUCUCCAGGAUGAAACAUUUUCCAGAGGCUGGAUUAUAGUUAUGGAGCUAUAUCCUGGCUUUUCUCUUUUUCGUGGACUUUAUGAGUUUUCCCAUUAUGCUUUCAAGGGUAAUUAUUUAGGAACGGAUGGUAUGAGAUGGAAAGACUUGAGUGACGGAAAAAAUGGAAUGAAGGAGGUCCUAAUUAUUAUGUUGGUGCAGUGGUUGGUGUUUCUCUUUCUUGGUUAUUACGUUGAUCAGAUUGCUUCAUCAGGGAAAUAUUCCCUAUGUUUCAUGUGGCACUCUAGAAAGAGGCCUCCGCCUUCCUCUAGGAAACAUAGUUUUAGAAGGCAGGGGUCUAAAGUUUUCGUACAAAUGGAGAAGCCUGAUGUUGCUCAGGAGAGGGAGAGAGUUGAACAGUUGCUCGAAUCAAGUACAGGUCAUGCUGUCAUUUGUGACAAUUUGGAAAAGGUUUAUCCAGGGAAAGAUGGAAACCCUGAGAAAUUUGCAGUGAGAGGAUUGUCACUUGCUUUGCCUCAAGGGGAAUGUUUUGGUAUGCUAGGUCCCAAUGGUGCUGGCAAAACUACUUUUAUUAACAUGAUGAUUGGGCUCAUAAAACCAAGCUCCGGUACUGCAUAUGCUCAAGGUAUGGAUAUACGAACAGACAUGGAUAUGAUAUACACCAACAUGGGUGUAUGUCCGCAGCAUGACUUGCUUUGGGAGAUAUUAACAGGAAGGGAGCAUCUACUUUUCUAUGGAAGGCUUAAAAAUCUUGAAGGAGCAGACUUGACACAAGCAGUUGAAGAAUCUCUUAAGAGUGUCAACUUGUUUCAUGGAGGCGUUGCUGACAAGAAAGCUGGUAAAUACAGUGGAGGAAUGAAGAGGAGGCUAAGUGUUGCUAUUUCACUGAUUGGAGAUCCCAAGGUUGUCUACAUGGAUGAGCCCAGCACUGGACUGGAUCCAUCUUCACGAAGUAACUUGUGGAAUGUUGUCAAGCGUGCAAAGCAAGAUAGAGCGAUUAUUCUCACUACUCAUUCAAUGGAAGAAGCAGAACAUCUAUGUGAUCGACUAGGAAUAUUCGUCGAUGGCAGCUUGCAGUGCAUAGGAAAUCCUAAAGAGUUGAAGGCAAGAUACGGAGGGUCUUAUGUGUUUACGAUGACAACAUCAUCAGAUAAUGAGGAGGAAGUGGAGCACAUGGUGCAAAGCCUAUCCCCAAAUGCCAACAGGAUAUAUCAUCUAUCAGGGACACAGAAGUUUGAGUUGCCAAAGCAAGAGGUUAGAAUUGCAGAUGUAUUUCAAGCUGUUGAAAAAGCAAAGAGUAGAUUCACAGUUUAUGCUUGGGGUCUGGCUGAUACAACUUUGGAGGAUGUGUUUAUCAAAGUUGCUCACACUGCUCAAGCUUUCAAUGUUCUCUCUUGA